AUGUUAGCAGUUGCUUCUGGUCGGUGGAUCCUGAAGCAAGGUUCACAGGCAGCAGAGGUCUGUCAGGAGUCAAGACAUUCUUUCAGCUUUUACAUUUUUGUAUGCAUCUGCAGUCAUGGCUACGAAAAGUUAUGGAUACUACCGAGGCACCAUAUUUCUGGCCAUGUUUGUAGGAUACACACUGUACUACUUCAACAGAAAGACUUUCUCUUUUGUGAUGCCCUCUCUGAUGAAAGAAAUUGAGUUGGAUAAGGAUGACCUGGGCAUGAUCACCAGCAGUCAGUCUUUGUCCUAUGCUAUCAGUAAGUUCAUCAGUGGCGUGCUCUCAGACCAGAUCAGUGCCCGUUGGCUCUUCUCCAUUGGCCUCUGCAUGGUGGGAGGUAUCAACGUGGUCUUCUCCUGGUCAUCAACUGUCAUUGUCUUCUCUGCCUUGUGGUUUCUCAACGGCCUGGGUCAGGGCCUUGGCUGGCCUCCCUGCGGCAGGGUGCUGCGAAAGUGGUUUGAACCUUCUCAGUUUGGAACAUAUUGGGCAGUUCUCUCCUGCAGCAUGAAUCUGGCAGGCAGCUUUGGCCCCAUUAUUGCCACAGUUCUGGCCGAGAGUUACAGUUGGAGGACAAUACUGUCUGUAUCUGGAAUGAUUUGUGUGGCAUUCUCCUUUGUCUGUCUGCUGCUCAUCAAGAAUGAGCCUAAGGAGGUGGGGCUGCCCAACAUAGAGGCAGCAGCAAUACAUAGCAAAGAAGGAUCCUUCAGUGAUAAAAGCACUAUGUCAGAAUUCCUUCUGUCACCUUACCUGUGGCUGCUAUCUGUCUCCUACUUGGUGGUGUUUGGGGUGAAGACAGCCUGCACUGACUGGGGCCAGCUGUUCCUCGUUCAAGACAAGGGGCAAUCUACACUUAUGGGUAGCUCAUACAUGAGUGCCCUGGAGGUUGGAGGCCUUAUGGGCAGUCUUGCAGCAGGAUACAUCUCUGAUAAAGCUGUGGCCACACAAGGCAAGAGAAUCUACGGCAAUCCUCGCCACUUCAUCCUGAUCUGCAUGAUGGCUGGAAUGUAUGUGUCCAUGUACCUAUUCAGAGUCGCAGUAACUCCACACAGCUCAACGGUCUGGAUACUCAGCCUGGGUGCUGCCUUUGGUUUCUUUUCCUAUGGACCAAUAGCAUUGUUUGGAGUUAUAGCCAAUGAGAGUGCCCCAGCCAACUACUGUGGAACAUCCCAUGCAAUUGUUGCCCUGAUGGCUAACAUUGGGGGAUUAUUGUCUGGCCUGCCGUUCAGCACCAUUGCCAAGUACCAUGGCUGGGAAAUGGCCUUCUGGAUAGCAGAGAUCACAUGUGCUGCUGCCACUAUUGGAUUUUUUUUGCUGCGCAACAUUCGAACAAAGAUGGGUCAUGUGUCAAAGAAGACUGAAUAAACCAUCACUACACCUCAUCCUCGAUCCCCCAGAGGAAACCGAAUACUUUGGGUGAACAGUGUAUUUUAAUUUUCCAUUACUUGAAUGUUUUUUUUUUUUUUUAAAUAAAGAACUUCUCAGUCAGUCUUACACCAGACAAACAUAA